AUGCUCUUCUCGGCCAAAGUCAUGAAGACCACCCGAUACGCCACCUCUCGACAAAAGGCCUGCCAACAGUGUUCAGUCGCCAAGGCACGAUGUGACCGCAAGGAGAGGUGCUGCUCGAGGUGUGCCCAGCGCGGCCUCGCCUGUCUUUAUCCGCAUUCCGCUUCUACUUCUGCUCCCUCGUCAAUCACAUCCACAUCCUCGGCAUCAAAACUACAACCACAGCCACAGACUCAGACUCAUAUUCACACUACUUCCACAUCUCACAUCCCCGUCUUCGUCGACAGCAGCAGCAACCCCAGCCCUAUUCCCAGCUUCUCCCGCGCUUCUGGCGGUUCUCUCCCCAGCCCCGAGCGCGACGAACUGUCGCCGCCGGGCGUCACCCAAGACCCAGCGACGCCGUCGGUUCACCCUGGCUUCGCGGAUCACAGCCCCAUCAGCUUCUCAGCGCCGGCUGCCACGAGGGCGGAGUGGCCGGUCACGCAGUCGCUCGAUCCGCCAGCCUCGGUGCCGGAGUUUUUCGACUUUUCUGACCUCGAUCUCAUCUGCCCCAUCACCCCGGAGGAAAUCAGCAACCGAUGGCUCAACGCGUACAUUCCAAUCCCUGGCCAGAGUGUCAAAAGCUACCCACCUACUGUGGCGGCGUUCAUCUUCCGGCUGCUAAAGUCGUACACCGGCAUGGCCGUGCAUGGCCGCGGGUUUCCGCCGUUUGUCCACACCUCCCAGCUCACGGCCCAGGGCCCAAACCCGCAGCUGUCGUCUUGUCUGAGCAUUAUCCGAAUAUGUGACAAGCCAUUACCGGGCAGCGAGAAUGUCACUGCCGAGAUUAUGCAGAGGGAGAUGAAUAAUCUGUUUGAACAGCGUGAUACAUAUGACCAUCUGGCGCUGCUUAGUGCAUUCCAGGCCUAUCUCAUGUACACCAUGGUCCUCUUCUUCCGGCUUAGUCAAGGCCUCAGCCCUUUUCUACGCCAAGCAAUGAUGAAUCUACAAGAGUUGGCGUGCGUUACAGCUCGUCAGGGGCUCAUGUGCGUGGCAGAGCAGCAGCGCACGCGCCCCAAGUGGGAAAGCUGGAUCAUUGCCGAGGCUUCACGGCGAACACUCUUUACCAUGUACCUCUUUGACAGUGUUCUCUCGUCUGAAGAUGGGUUGCCGACGUUUCUCGGCAUCGAACUGGAAGGGUUGCCGGCAGUUUCGAGCAAGACUCUGUGGUUUUCUCAGACACGGCGCGACUGGGAAACGGCGUACAACAUACAUCUCGCAGUAUGGGACGAGGGCAGCCUUCGCAUCAAUGAACUAUGGCCGAUCCCUGAAGGCCUAGAGGAAUCGGUGGUUGUGAGGAGGCGCCAGAGAGUUGAUAAUUGGCUGGAAGAUCUAGACGAAUUUGGCACCAUGCUCUACGCAGUCACAAGCUGCACGCAUGGAGGGUGA